AAGCCGACGUUUUUAUUUUAUGACGUCCCCGUGCGUUUCCCCGCGCGCCUAAGUACAGUGUACAGCGGCAGCCAAGCGACGAGGUAAGCGUGGACCCACGACCGAGGACCGUACCGGGACAUUGCAGGCACGUCUACGGGGCUACACGCCGCCUGCUACCGAGGAGCUCGCUGCAGCGGUACGGUGAAGAGCGGACCGUCCCGGCUACUGUAUACUACACACGCUGUGGGAAGGGAAUGCCAAGCUGCAAGCAGCCCGGCCUAUAGGCAUGCUAGGCAUGUUGGUGACAGUGUAGCACAUAUAUCCACACAGCCAUAGUGCACACUAGCUAGCGCUGCCGUACCAAGCUUAUACAGCCGAUACUGUCAACGAAAAUACACGCCCCAAAAAAACAGAAACACGGACGCCUUCACUUCAUUCUCAUCGGAGGGAGUCUGUAACCCAGCUGAUCAUGGUGGAGGAGCUAACAGAAGAACAGAUAGCGGAAUUCCGCGAAGCCUUCAACCUUUUCGACAAAGAUGGCGGCGGUGACAUCAGCGUGAAGGAGCUUGGGAGCGUGAUGAGGUCACUGGGUCAGAACCCGACGGAGCAGGAGCUGCAGGACAUGGUCAGGUCUGUGGACCAGGACGGUAACGGCACGAUAGACUUUAACGAGUUUCUGCAGAUGAUGCAGAAGGCCAUGAAGAGUGACGUAGACAGCGAGGCAGAGCUGAAGGAGGCGUUCCGGGUGUUCGACAAGGACGGCAACGGCUUCAUCAGUUCAGAAGAAUUGCGUCAUGUCAUGACGAAUCUCGGGGAGAAGUUGACGGACGAGGAGGUGGAGGAGAUGAUAGACGCUGCCGACAUCAACGGAGACGGACAGAUAGAUUACGAAGAGUUUGCCAUUAUGGUUGACAUCAAGAAUAUCUUGAAGAAUGACCCGAGAGUUCAGCAGCGAAGUAACCAUGGUAACGGUUCCCGCCAGCAACACAGAGUCACGUACGUGUAGACACGUCACUUCCGGGCACGAUACGUCAUUUCCUGGACAGAGAGAGUUGAAGAGAACGCUGCUGCAGUUUGGGGUCAGGUUGGGGUCACGUUGAGAAGGCCUCCGGCGAUCCGGACUUCCACCAAGGUCAACACUUGUUGAAGGACGAUGAGGAAAAAUGGCCGCCGCCCGUAGGUAGCCAUGGCAACGCGGUCACCAUGGAAACCUGAAACUUACUAUUUACUGCAUGUAAGCGGCGGGCUGAAAAAGUUGACGGCAUAGUGCUUGAUUUCAGUAAGAUACAUGUACUUACUUCGAGUUCAAGAAAACGUACCAUACUAUAGUAUCAUGAAAAAAAAAAAACUAGUGAGCAAAGUGAGUUUUAACCAAGCAGAUCCUACAGUGGCGAGGCAGUAUCCAAUGGUCAGAGCAGUGUCCAGUAGCCUCACUAACUGCUUGGCCCUUUGGAUAUUACCUUGCCACCGUAGGAUCUGCUUGGAGAUUAACACAAUCUGGCUAUUAAGGAAAAAAAAUAGUCCACGCGUUUGCUACAUUCAGUGUCGUCUUAGUCUCCUCAUUAGCCUGGUGACCAGUCUAUCGCGGUUGGGGCGGGUUCUCUUCGGGGCUGCUGAAACUCUUCCCCGCCCGACUCAGCUAGGUUCCCCG